UUGCAGAUUUUUCCUGAGCAAGACGUACUGGGCCAGGCUUUUGAAGACGCGCUUGAAGUCCUGCAGCAGCACUCUGCCAGAGACAUGCAGAGCUCACCAGGUUACAAAAGCUGUCUGACUGUUAUCAAUCAUCACCACCACCCCCGAGCAAGCCCCAGCUACUCUGCAGCACCACCUACAGAGGACCCAGGAUAUAGCUGGAGAAAUGUGGUCAGCAGUGCAGUGGAUUUUUAUGCAGAUGAGACUCUCUACCAUACACUGCAGAAUACUCCAGAAAGCCAAGUGAUGCCUGCUGCUGCUGGCCAGCCAAAAGCAGGAAAAGGCAGAAAAAAACUUCGACUGUUUGAGUACCUCCAUGAGUCCCUGUAUGAUCCAGCUAUGGCAAACUGCAUCCAGUGGGUAGAUAAGCCCAAUGGUGUCUUCCAGUUUGUCUCCAAAAACAAGGAGAAACUAGCAGAGCUGUGGGGAGAAAGAAAGGGAAACCGCAAGAUCAUGACAUAUCAGAAAAUGGCCAGAGCACUGAGGAAUUACGGAAGGACGGGUGAAAUAAUUAAAAUCCGAAGGAAGCUGACAUACCAGUUCAGUGCUGUUGUUUUGCAGAGACUUGCUCCAUCUUACUUCUUGGGAAAAGAAACAGUUUGCCAUCCCUAUAUUCAGUCCAAUCAAGAAUAUCAGUGUGCAGAUGACUGGAUCAGUUACAAUAAUUACAUGUAUAACAACAGUUAUGCAUUACAGCAUGCUAAACAGCUGGACAUGUCUUUCACAUAA